CCAAUGUUGACUCAUUGUGGGUUGUGGGCAAGGGUACACCCCUACUUGUUCCUUAAAUUAAGGCAUGUCUUGCCAAACAGGAAAUCUGUGUUAGGACUCUGUUUUUACCACCAUUGCCGGAGCUGGAAAAUAUUGUGAAACAGAAAAAUGCAGGCAGACAAAGUUAUCUCAAAAUAGAAAAGAUACAUGCAAAAAUACACUGUUUGAAGUAUUUCUUUCAGCCUUUCUGGACUUUGGCAAUUUGUCUUGGUUGCUUGAUUGCAUCCUUUCAAGGUAAUAAAACUCAACUGUAUAAUGCUUAAAGGUGAGGGAAAACUUUGAAGGUAGUACGUACUCCGUCAGUAGCAUACCAUGGUAGUUGACACUGUUCCCUCAAAUGUCAGCCUGCCAUUUAACCUCCAGCAAGAGGCUUGAAGCUUAGGUGCUGUGUCCCAAAAUGUGUAUAUACUCUUCUGAAAAAUGGGAUAACACAUUAGUUUAGUUAAGCAUAUAUUCCCUUAGACAAAAUCUGAACAGAUGUCAGUUAAAUUCACAUUGUUGUUAUGCUGUAUGUGUUUGUGACUGCAUGCAGGAACGUAUUACAGUGACGGUACAGUAUCUGUUGCUAAGACAUCCCUUUUUUAUGAUGGCAUGAGCGUGCUGUGUGCUCUAACUGAUAAACCACCAUCAAAACACUUACAGUCCAUUAAAUCUAUAAUUCCUUCUCACCUUGGAACUAUCAUUAUGAUGUGAAAGCAACAACAGAAAAAUGUUUACCUAUGUUGACACAGUUGAAAGGUUUAUACUUGUAUGUUCACUCAAACUGCAGCCUCUUUAUCUUACUCUUAAAUCGCUGUUACUGUGGAACAGCCUUUCACAUUGAGCCACAGUACUUAUGGAGACUGAGACGAGAGAGGAGCUUGUCUGCAACCACACGGAUGCAUGGGACUGGGUUUACACCAUGCAGCCUGCCUACAUGUCCAUCAUCUUCCUCUUUGGAGUGAUCGGGAACUCCUUUGUGCUAUGUGUAUUCUGUCUCCAGAAGCGACGCAGCACUGUGGCCGACAUAUACCUGAGCAACCUGGCAGCAGCUGAUCUUCUCAUGGUUUCCUGCCUGCCGUUCUGGGUAGCAACCGUUAUCAACAAGUUCCACUGGAGGUUUGGGGAGUCGAUGUGCCAGCUUAUCAACAUUGUCAUUGGGAUGAAUUAUUAUUGCAGUGUGCUGUUCCUUACACUUGUGAGUGUGGACAGGUACCUGGCACUUACUAGACCCCUAACCCAUGGGAGAGAGAGACGGGCCUUCUGGGCACAUGGGAUUUGCUUCACUAUCUGGAUUGCUGGGAUCUUGCUCAGCUUCCCUGCUGUCUUCUUUCGCUCCGUACAGUUUUUCCCUCAUCUGGGUGUUGAAGCAUGCUACCUAGAAUAUCCACAUGAAGGCUGGAGACUGCGCUACAAUGUGACUGUCAGCACUGUGGGCUUCCUUAUCCCCGUUCCUAUUGUUUCCUUCUGCAGUUACCACAUCACUAAAGUCCUUCGCAACAGCCAGAAGCUGAGGAAAGGAAGCAGAGGCAGUGUGGAAAGCAAGGCCGCAUAUCUUGUUCUUGUUGUUCUGGCUAUGUUUAUUCUCUGUUGGCUGCCCUACCAGGUUUUGAUUUUCUUGGACACCUUGGAUCAUUAUGAAGUCGUCUAUGGAUGUACUUGGGCGUACGUGCUGGACAUUGGAAACCAGUUGGCUACUUACCUUGGUUACAGUAACAGCUCAUUAAAUCCUUUCCUGUAUGUGAUUGUGGGAAAGCACUUUAAGCAGAGGGCAAGGGAAGUGUUUAGACUGAUGCUGUGCAGGAGUAAAAGGCAGUGUGGGAAGUCCGGUCGCUCCAAUGCCAAUCUCAACUCAACCAGACAAACUGAGAGUACUAAAUUCUAAAUAGAAUUAAAUGAAGUAAAAAAAAAAACAAUCAUAAAUUCACAGCCAUUUAAAAGCCAUAUUUGGACAUUUUGUGUAAUACUUGUGAGGUGACAAAAUGUGCAUACCAGUACCUCUAAUUAUCAUUAUACCCAUGUUUGAUACAAAAACUCUAAAACCAUACUUUCAGUUUCAGCACUUGGGAAUUUAAUAACUGAGAUCAUGUGAUGACACGUGAUAUUAGACGACCACUUUUAAGGCUUUUUAAAAAUGUAUUGGCAGUCUAGCUGAUGCAACAAAUAUUAAGAGAUAUACAUCUAUCAUGUCUGUAUUUUGUCCUGCCACUGUGCUAUACAUGUACGAAUAAAAUAUAUGUUUUCUUUCUGUACUAUCGAUAUAACAUAAAUGAUAGUGUGUAUCAUCCACAAAACAUUGGAA